AUGGCGGAUGAGAAACGCGCUGGCGGGGCCGACCCAUCGGCCGGCGUCGAGGUGUCGAACAUUGAAAAGGCCCGCCGAGGGUCCCAAGCAACCGUAGACCUGAACGACAACAAAGAGGCCAAGAUCAAGAACCCUCUGCUUGGAAUAAACCGCAUCGAGCUCCUUCGCGAUGUUGAACACUUUGCCCGUGACAAGGGUCUCGACGAGUAUCUCCCCAUGCUUAAGAAGGGCGCUUUGGUCGCCCAAGACCCCACCGGCUACGAAGAGAUAGACGGCGCCGAGGCUCUCGAACCGGAUGAGAUCCAAGUGUUGCGCGACGAGGUUCUGCACAAGUGGCGCAUUCCCAAGAUUCUCUACCUCACCAUCAUCACCUGCUCCAUCGGCGCCGCUGUACAGGGUUGGGAUCAGACAGGAAGCAACGGCGCCAACUUAUCGUUUCCAACGGUUUUUGGCAUUGGAUCGAAUUCGCAUCAUGAUACUCUUCUUGUUGGUCUAGUCAACUCAGCGCCAUACAUCGGAUCGGCGUUCAUCGGCUGCUGGCUCUCCGAUCCAUUGAACAACUGGGUCGGUCGUCGCGGAACAAUCUUCUUCGCUGCCAACUUUUGCAUUUGGCCCGUUAUUGGAGCUGCAUUUUCUCAGACAUGGGAACAGCUUUUGGCUUGUCGUCUUCUUCUCGGUAUCGGUAUGGGCGCAAAGGCCAGCACCGUCCCCAUCUUCGCUGCGGAGAACUCGCCUGCACCUAUUCGAGGAGCCCUCGUAAUGAGCUGGCAGAUGUGGACAGCCUUCGGGAUCCUGGCUGGAACGGCGGCUAAUUUAGCUGUUGGUAAAGUGGGAGAUAUAGCAUGGCGACUGCAACUUGGCUCUGCCUUCAUCCCGGCUGUCCCACUUGCUCUGCUCAUAUACGUAUGCCCUGAGUCUCCCCGUUGGUAUAUCAAGAAGAAUCAGUACGCAAACGCGAUGAAAUCGCUGCUUCGGUUGCGGAACCACCCGAUCCAGGCGGCUCGGGACAUAUACUACAUUCAUAUCCAACUUCAGGUCGAGGCAGAGAUCAUUGGACGAUCCAACUAUGCCAAGCGGUUUGUUGAGCUGUUCACAAUCCCCCGUGUCAGACGAGCCACAUUGGCUUCGUUCACCGUUAUGAUUGCCCAGCAGAUGUGUGGAAUAAACAUCAUUGCCUUCUACUCGUCGACAAUCUUCAAGGAGGCCGGCACAUCCGAGUUCAACGCCCUCCUCGCCUCGUUCGGCUUCGGCAUGGUCAACUUCCUCUUCGCCUGGCCCGCCAUCUGGACCAUCGACACCUUUGGCCGUCGCAGUCUUUUGCUAGGAACAUUUCCCAUGAUGGCGUGGACGUUGCUAGCGGCUGGUCUCUGCACCCUCAUCCCUGGCACCGGUGGUGUUCACCUGGGGCUUGUGGCUCUCUUCGUGUACCUCUUCGCCGCUUUCUACUCUCCUGGCGAGGGCCCGGUACCGUUCACUUACAGUAGCGAAAUUUUCCCCUUGUCGCAUCGUGAAGUCGGCAUGGCGUGGGCCGUGGCAACAUGCCUCUUCUGGGCCGCAGUGCUCUCGAUUUCCUUCCCAAUCAUGCUGGCAGACCUCGGCGUCCUCGGCUCUUUCUGCUUUUAUGCCGGGCUAAAUGUGAUCGCAUUCGUCAUGAUUUUCUUCUGGGUCCCCGAAACCAAGCAGAGAACACUCGAAGAGCUCGACUACGUCUUCGCGGUUCCGACAAAGCUCUUCAUGCGGUACCAGGUCACCAAGGCCCUGCCGUACUGGUUCAAGCGCUGGGUCCUCUGGCAGCGCGACGCCACGCUUGAGCCGCUGUACAAGUUCGACCUCACGCACGAGGACCACCACGCCGCCGACGGCGACAAGGCGCAGGUCGAGAUGCGGGACAAGAAGCACGACACCUCGUAA